UAGCCCAAGUAUAGCAAAAGAAGCGUAACUUCUAGUCUUCAGUACAUCUAUUCUCUUGCUAUUUAGAUAUAGGAAACUGUAUUUUUUUGCUAACAGAAAUUGUGUGGUAACGUAGGCUAUUUGAACUAACGUCAGUCGGGUAACUUAGCUUGCUGUUUACAAAUGUUUUAGCAAUCCGCGGAACUGUAGCUAGUCUAGCACAUUUAAUACAUUUCCUCGAUGGUAACGUAAGCGUAACGUUAAUAGUGUGCCACCUAGCCGAGUAGUUAAGUAACCAAAGUGAAACUAACGCUAUUAUUCGUAUAUCGUUUGUGGUUCUAAGGGGUAGCAUUUCGACUUCAUAGCAAAAGAGUCACUGUCGGGUUGCCUGCUGUCUAGUUGGCUGGCUUGUCAGGAAGUCCGAGACUUUCUGCUGCCACUACAGAACUGUAUUCUGAUUUCUGUGGCUGCCACAAACGGUUAUUUGUUCAUAUCUAGUUAAUGCUAACUAGUAAUCUGUGUUUCUAUCUAGUAAGCUACAUUAAUGUUAGCAAGACGACAGUCUUCUUAAAUAUAAGUUGCUACCACGAUCGCUGGAUAAAUUCGUGCGAUAGAGAGCCGGUUUCUUAGCUACUAAGGAAAACGCGCACUGUGGUCACCACACCCUCAUCGCACCCAACCAUACUACGUUGUUCUACAGUGUAUGACAUAACCGUGUUUCCUUCUUGGUCUACUGAUUUUACCAAUAGCGCUGAUAUCGUUUAACAAAUAGCUAGCUAGGAAGCAAGCGCUGUCUGUGUAAUGAGCAAGUUAUCUGUGUUAUCUAUAAGAGUUGCUAGCUAGCUUUCUCAGACCUGCACGUAGCUUUUCACCAUAGUUAGCUAGCGAGCUUGCUACAAAACAACAUGUCCUUUUAGUUGUAGCUUGCUAAGGGAAAUAGCUAAUGCUACGGUAUGGAUGCUAUUAGUGGUCAUCAUUCGCCGUAGACAUGUACACAGACAGGAAAGCACAUUUUAAAGCAAGUCCACGGUAAAUAAAUAUUUUUACACAUUUCCCCCCAUACAAGUAUAUGCAGACUGGGUUGGUGAAUGAUUCAAGUAUUUGAGGCAUGACAUUACUUGGAAGGCUAUGUUACACACCAGUGCUUUUUCUAAGAAGAUGCGUAUCUCCCAGCCAUUAUGUGCACCUCUCGCGUUUGUGCAUUAAGGUAAUCACCAACCCGGAUGAGAUUGCCAAACUUUUCAGAGAGCAGAGUCUUUUCCCCAGCCUGAUCAGGGCUGAUGUUGGACCAGUGAUCACAUCUCAGUAUGGAGGGAAAUAUUGCAACAUCUAUACAGAAUGGAGCCAGCGUGACCUGGAGAGAACUGAGAAUGUCAAAUUCUGUCGGCAGUACAUUGUGUUUCACGAUGAUAAGUCUGUUGUAUAUUCAGGACCAUCUGGGAAUUGCACCGAAAUUAAAAGAGAGCUCCUGAGCAAGGACUCUCCUUCUGGUGAUAUGAAGGCUGUAGUCCGAGAGUGCACAGUGAAGGGUGAAGAGCAGCAGUUUUUGGAGAUUUGGAGCAAGAACAGCAAAGUGAAGAGCAUCAACCUGACAGCCCUGAAGAAACAUGGCAAGGUCUAUGAAGAUGAUCAGUUUGGAAGCUUGGUGUGGUCCCACUCGGAGACUCACCUCCUGUAUGUGGCAGAGAGGAAGAGACCGAAGACGGAGUCAUAUUUCCAGACAGAGUCUCCUGAAACCAGCUCUUUGGGGGAUGAGGAGGAGGCCAUGAAAGCAGGGAAGAAGGAGGAGACUGUGAAGGGGGAACAGUUUGUGUUCUAUGAAGACUGGGGGGAGGACCUGGUGAACAAGAGUGCCCCAGUGAUGUGCAUCCUGGACAUCGAGGGCAGCAACAUCUCCGUGCUUGAGGGGGUCCCAGACAACAUCUCCCCUGGCCAGGCAUUCUGGGCCCCCAACGACACAGGCGUGGUGUUUGUUGGCUGGUUGCACGAACCCUUCCGAUUGGGCCUGAAAUACAGCCCUAACAGGAGGUCUUCCUUAUUUUAUGUAGACCUGACCGGUGGCAAAUGCGAGCGACUGUCUUCAGAGACGAAUGCUGUCUCAUCCCCUCGCCUCAGUCCGGACCUGUGUCGGAUCAUCUACCUCGAGUGUGGGGUGUACGGGCCUCACUACCAGUGCAGCCGGCUAUGCAUGUACGACUGGUACACUAAGAAGACAUCAGUCGUGGUGGAUGUUGUAAACAGACAGAGAGAAGAUGGUUUCACUGGAAUCUACAGCAUGCUCCUUUCUCCCUACUGUUGGUCGGAGGACAGCCAGCGAAUCCUGGUGUCCUGCCCUCAGAGAAGCCGGAAGGAUCUUCUUUUGGUGGAUAUCAACACAGGAAAUGUCACAUCACUAACAGCAAAGUCAGACAUUGGGAGCUGGACUCUGCUCACAGUUAAACGGGAUCUGAUAGUGGUCAGCUGCUCCUCACCCAACUGUCCUCCCAGCCUGAGAGUCGGGUUCCUGCCUGUGGCUGGAUCGCAGGAAGAGGUGACCUGGGUCACCCUGGAGCAGGCCCAGCCCCAGGCGGACAUUGACUGGAAAGUGCUGACCUUCACCCCGCCCCCAGAACAGGACAACAGCACAUACCCUGGCCUAGAUUUUGAAGCUAUACUGUUGAAACCCGGGAACGCCAAGGAAGGAGCCAAGCUGCCUCUGAUUGUGACUCCACACGGGGGACCCCACUCUGUGUUUGUGGCGGAGUGGCUCCUGUCGUCUGCAGUGCUGUGCCGAAUGGGUUUCGCUCUGCUCCUGGUGAACUACAGGGGAUCCAUUGGGUAUGGGCAGGACAGCAUCUUUUCCCUGCCUGGAAGGGUGGGCGAUCAGGAUGUAAAGGAUGUCCAGCAUGCGGUUGAGAGCCUGAUAAAGGCAGAAGGAUUUGAUGAACAGAAGGUGGCGCUUGCCGGGGGGUCCCAUGGCGGAUUCUUAGCCUGUCAUUUGAUUGGGCAGUACCCCACUUUCUACAAAGCCUGCGUGGCACGGAACCCCGUCAUAAACCUGGCCUCUAUGAUUGGCAGCACUGACAUUCCGGACUGGUGCAUGGUGGAGUCUGGGUAUAACUACAGCACUGAUACCCUCCCUGAUCCUGCUGUCUGGGAGCAGAUGUUGAACAAAUCCCCGAUCAAGCACGUCACACAGGUGAAAACCCCUGUGCUGCUCACGCUGGGAGAGGAUGACAAGCGCGUUCCCAAUAAGCAGGGGAUGGAGUACUACAGGGCUCUCAAGGCUCUGCAGGUUCCUGUCCGGUUGUUAUGGUAUCCAGGAAACAACCACUCCCUUUCCAAAGUGGAUGCGGAGUCUGAUGGCUUCAUGAACAUCGCUCUGUGGGUGAUACAGCACUUGUCCCUUUGAAAUCCAGGCUGGAAGACCUGUCCCAGCAGCCAUUUGAGUGAUGUGUUUGCCAAAACUUCAGCACUGACGAUGAUGUAAAUUCCAAAGACACUAUGUUGCCAGUAACUGUUUCAUACUAAGGCAUGUGAUCUUAUUAUCUAAGGUAUUUCUUUCGCUGUUAUGGACUACUUACUGUACUUCCUCAAGGGCUUUUUUAUGACUUCUGCUAUGUAACUGAAGAUGAAAGUCUUUUACAUUUAGUUUAACAAAACCCCAACUGCUUUAUCAGAAUAACCUGAGAGAGUUGUGUGCAGUACCUGGGAGAAUGAUUUUCAUUAUGCUCUCCCUACACUGACUACAUUCAUCUUAAUGGUAUUUAAUAAGGACAGAAAAUUCUGGUUCUUCUGAUUGAAUGUUAUUUCUUCUUCUGGAAAAGUGUUGGCAGUACUUGUGGUACGAUUAUUUGAAGAAUGCCUGUCAAUAAAAGCAGCACUAAUUUCUUUUCCA